AUGUAUUAGGAAUAACAACUAAUAUAAGAUUGCAACAAUUUCAAAACUUCUUAUGGACAGAUGAAUCAUUUCUGAAAACAGAAAAGAUAAUCAAAAUCAAAGAAGGAAGUAACCUUACUGCAUCAAUAAUUAAUUUAUGUAAGAGGAACAAAAUUAAAUGGCACCAAACUAAAGAGGAUAAAUGUAAUCUUAAGAUUCCAUCAGGUGGAAAAAUAUUAAUAGAAAUG